AUGUUUUUUAUGUAAGAAGCCCAAAUAAGCCCAUUAAAAAAGCCCACCAGAUACAACGAAUGAGAGCUUAGAUUCAGGUUGUGUACUUUUACCCUAGCGUUUCCUCUCUCUCUCUCUCACUCACACAAACAACAAACAAACUCAUGGCGUCUCGGAGAGUCUUAUCAACGCUUCUCCGUUCAUCUUCCUCCAGAUCCGCCGCCAGAUUCGCUACCCGCAGCCCUAGAAUCCCGUCUCCUUCCCCCGCUCGAUGCGUUUCUCCUUUCGGUGACCUCCUCGGACGCGUCGCCGAAUAUUCCACCUCUUCACCUGCUCCUCCAUCGUCUCCUCCUCCAGCCAAGGAUGAGGCGAAGAAGACGUAUGAUUACGGAGGCAAAGGCGCGAUCGGGAAGGUCUGCCAGGUCAUCGGUGCUAUCGUCGAUGUGAGAUUCGAGGAUCAGGAGGGAUUGCCUCCGAUCAUGACGUCACUCGAGGUUCAGGAUCAUCCCACGAGAUUGGUGCUCGAGGUGUCGCAUCACUUGGGUCAGAAUGUGGUGAGGACCAUUGCUAUGGAUGGUACUGAGGGUCUUGUCCGUGGACGACGCGUGCUCAACACUGGAGCUCCAAUCACUGUUCCUGUUGGAAGAGCAACACUUGGACGUAUCAUGAAUGUUCUUGGAGAGCCUAUUGACGAAAGAGGCGAAAUUAAGACCGAACACUACUUACCUAUUCACAGAGAUGCUCCGGCUUUGGUUGAUCUAGCUACUGGUCAAGAGAUUCUUGCCACUGGUAUUAAGGUCGUUGAUUUACUUGCUCCGUACCAAAGAGGAGGAAAGAUUGGGCUAUUUGGUGGUGCUGGUGUUGGCAAAACUGUGCUCAUUAUGGAGCUGAUUAACAAUGUCGCUAAAGCUCAUGGUGGUUUCUCCGUGUUUGCUGGUGUGGGAGAAAGAACACGUGAAGGCAAUGACUUGUACAGAGAAAUGAUUGAGAGUGGUGUCAUCAAGCUAGGCGAGAAGCAGUCUGAGAGCAAAUGUGCUCUAGUGUAUGGACAAAUGAACGAGCCCCCGGGUGCUCGUGCCCGUGUUGGACUUACUGGUUUGACUGUUGCUGAGUAUUUCCGUGAUGCUGAAGGCCAAGAUGUGUUGCUUUUCAUUGACAACAUUUUCCGUUUCACUCAGGCUAACUCUGAAGUGUCUGCUUUACUUGGUCGUAUCCCAUCUGCUGUGGGUUACCAGCCUACUCUCGCCUCCGAUCUUGGUGCUCUUCAAGAAAGAAUCACAACCACCAAGAAAGGUUCCAUCACCUCAGUCCAAGCCAUCUAUGUCCCUGCUGAUGAUUUGACAGAUCCUGCUCCUGCCACCACUUUUGCUCACUUGGAUGCCACAACCGUGCUUUCCAGACAGAUUUCUGAGCUUGGUAUCUAUCCUGCUGUGGAUCCUCUGGACUCAACAUCCCGUAUGCUCUCGCCUCACAUUCUGGGUGAGGAGCACUACAACACGGCUCGUGGUGUGCAGAAAGUGCUACAAAACUACAAGAACUUGCAAGAUAUUAUUGCCAUUUUGGGAAUGGAUGAGCUAAGUGAAGAUGACAAGCUCACUGUUGCCCGUGCCCGUAAAAUCCAGAGAUUCUUGAGUCAGCCAUUCCACGUCGCUGAGAUCUUCACCGGUGCCCCUGGCAAAUACGUUGACCUUAAGGAAAACAUCAACAGUUUCCAGGGUUUGCUUGAUGGUAAGUACGAUGAUCUUCCUGAACAAUCAUUUUACAUGGUUGGUGGCAUCGACGAGGUUGUUGCAAAAGCAGAGAAGAUCUCCAAGGAGGCAGCAGCUUAAGGGAUUUAUUCAGAUGCACGUCUCUUCUUCUUUUUGUUGACAAUAACGAAAACAAAAGACAAGCAAUGCUUUAGGCUGAACUGAUAAAGCAGUGCGAUUUCCAUCAUUGUGAGUGUGAGAGAUAGUACGGAGAAAACAGAUUUUUUGAAUUGGAAUAAAUAAUACAAAGUGUUGAUGUUUACAGGCUACAAUGUUAUGUUUUCCGAAGUAAGAAAACUAGAUAUGUCAAAAAGAUCAAUUUUAAAUUUUUAUCUUUACCUUUA